AUGGCUGAUCAGAGGGAUAGAGAAGCAGUAAUCAGCAUUAAAAGUAACUGUAGUCAGGGCUCACCUGAAAGGCCUACUGACAGCAGCAAACGAAGAAGAAACACUGAGUUAACAAACCAAGAAAGUGGGGGUGGUGGUACUAGUAUGGCUGAAAUUGCGAGGUCUAGUUCAAACGCUUCUUUUCGAAAAAGCUCGUGGAAGCCACCUCCGAGCAAGACAAAGUCCAGGCUCAUCGAUCCAGUCGACGAACCGCGUCAGAAAUCAGAAAGAACAGUUGAUUCUGGAGGACUACACAGUGACAAUGAGCCUUCUUAUGAGGACGACCUUGACGACAUUCCAGAAGAAUAUAAGGGAACCAAAUGCAGCCCGGUUACGCUUCUUCAGUGGGUAAGCCUUGUUUUGAUCAUUGCAGCAUUGGGUUGUAGCCUUUGGAUUCCAAUUCUAAAGAGGCAAAAUCUUUGGGACCUUCCAUUAUGGAAAUGGGAGAUAUUAGUUUUGGCGUUAAUAUGUGGACGUUUAGUCUCCGGUUGGGUGAUUCGGUUGGUUGUGAUCGUUUUGGAGCGAAAUUUUCUUUUGCGGAAAAGGGUUUUGUAUUUCGUUUAUGGUUUAAGAAGGUCUGUCCAAAAUUGUCUCUGGUUGGGGCUCGUUUUGCUUGUGUGGCACGGCAUCUUUGAUAAAAAGGUUCAAGAGAAGACCAAAAGCAGGAUCCUGCCUUAUGUGACCAAGAUCUUGGUCUGUUUUCUGGUGGGCACUUUGGUUUGGCUUCUGAAAACACUUCUUGUUAAGGUCCUUGCUUUGUCUUUCCAUGUCAACAACUUCUUUGAAAGAAUUCAGGAGGCUUUGUUCAAUCAGUACGUGAUCGAGACGCUUUCUGGUCCUCCGAUAUCCUUGGAAAGACAUGAGGCUAGGGAGUUUCAGAGUGCUGGGGCAGCCGUGCCUAGUGAGCUCAGGGCAACUCUUCUUCCAAGGAAUGAUUGUCCAUUCCCAUCGCUUAAUAGGAGUCCUACAUUUUCGAGGCACGCUUCUGAGAGGCAUGACAAGAAAAUUCCAAUUGAUUACUUGCAUAAGCUAAACCCGAAGAAUAUAUCUGCUUGGAAUAUGAGGAGAAUGAUGCGUAUCAUCAGGAACGGAUCUUUGACAACUCUGGAUGAGCGAAUACUCAAUUCGGAUACCGACGAUGAGUCUUCUUUGCAGAUUAAAACUGUUUGCCAGGCAAAAGAAGCUGCCAAGAAGAUUUUCUCCAGAGUAGCCAAGCCGCGGUGCCAAUGUAUAUUCCUAGAGGACUUGAUGCGGUUUAUGAGUAAAGAUGAAGCUAUGAGGACAAUCCACUUGUUUGGAGCAGCAGCUGAAAAAGAGGGAAUUAGCAAGGCUACUCUGAAUGAUUGGGUGGUAAAUGCUUUUAGAGCGAGAAGAGCGCUUGCAUUUUGUCUGAAUGAUACAAAAACAGCUGUGGACGAGCUUCACAACAUGUUGAAUAUUCUUGUAGCCAUCCUCAUUGUGAUAACCUCGCUUUUUAUACUCGGAAUUCCGAUCGCACAUUUCCUCGUCUUCAUAAGCUCCCAGCUUCUUUUGGUCGUAUUUAUCUUCGGAAACUCCUGCAGAACCAUAUUUGAAGCAAUUAUCUUCUUAUUUGUUGUGCACCCUUUCGAUGUUGGUGAUCAUUGUGAAGUGGACGGAGUCCAGAUGGUAGUAGACGAAAUGAAUAUACUAACUACAAUCUUCGUGAGGUAUGACAACCAAAAGAUCAUAUACCCCAACAGCGUUCUAGCAACCAAGCCCAUUGCAAAUUUCUAUCGCAGUCCAGACAUGGGAGACGCUAUUGAUUUUUGCGUCCACAUCUCGACUCCAAUGGAGAAAAUAGCCACUAUUAAAGAAAGAAUAAAAAGGUAUAUUCAGAGCAGAAGCGACCACUGGCACCCGGAUCCAAUGUUGAUAAUGAAGGACGUGGAGGACUUGAACAAAUUAAGAUUCUCGGUGUUGCUUACACACAGAAUGAACCACCAAGACAUUGGAGAGAGAAGGACCAAGAGAGCCCUUUUAGUUGAAGAGAUGAUAAAGGUGUUCAGAGAGCUCGACAUCGAGUACCGAAUGCUGCCUCUUAACGUCAAUGUCAGAAGCUUGCCGAGUUGCAACGCCGAUGAUUCGCCUUCAACUUCAAUGUGGGCAGCUUAUUUUGCAGCCGAGGAAGUGAUGAAGAAUGCAUAUGCCAGUGGGACUUACUAA